CCUACAUUAAUUAAUUAUUAAUCAUCAUUCCCCUUCCUCUCGCUCCCCCAAAACCAUGAGCGCCAAAGACAAAGACUGCGGCCACCACGACGACGACUACCAACAAUUCCUCCGCCGUCUCGGCAUCGUCCUCCUCAUCUUAAUCAUAAUCCUCGGCCUUAUAAUCUUCAUCAUAUGGGCCGUCCUCCGCCCUUCAAAGCCCCAUUUCAUCCUCCAAGACGUCACCGUUUUUGGCCUAAACGCUUCUUCUUCCCCAAAUCUCUUAUCCCUCAGCUUACAAGUCACGAUCUCUUCACGCAAUCCCAACGAUCGCAUUGGCAUUUAUUACCUAACAAUGGACGUAUACGGCGCUUACCGUGGCCAGCAAGUUACUCUUCCUACUCUUCUUCCAUCCACUUACCAAGGCCAUCGAGACGUCGUCGUUUGGUCUCCGUUCCUUAGCGGUGACGCCGUCCCUGUAGCCCCUGACGUUGCUCUGUCUUUGCAACAGGAUCGGAAUGUUGGAGCCGUGUUGUUUAAUGUUAAAAUUGACGGGCAGGUUAAGUGGAAAGUUGGGACGUGGAUUUCGGGCAGGUAUCAUUUGAAUGUUAAUUGCCCGGCGUUUAUUAAGUUUGGGAAUCCUGAUCAUGCUAUUGCUAUUGGUUCUGCUAUGAAGUUUCAAAUUGUUCAGAGCUGCAAUGUUGAAGUUUGAGCUUUCAUUAAUUAAUCAAUUCGACCUUGUUUUUUUUUUUCUUUCAUUUAUGAAGUUUGGGAAGAAAAUAUUUAUGUCGUGUCUUUUGUGGAAGUUAGAGAGAGAAAGCUCUCGGGAUAUUGAUUAAUUAAUAUAUAAUGUAAUCUAAAGUACGCCCACGGCCCACCUACUUUCUUUGCAUUUGGUUUAGAAAUUAAUAAUAUAUUAUCAUGGUUUUGAUUA